AUGGCGGACAACAACAUGACUGGCAAUGUACCUGUUGAGGCUAUUCAACAGCAGCAUGAAGCAAUCAUUGCAGCUGUGAAAAAUGCCUCGGACUUUGAGACAGAGACUGACAAUGCGAUCUCGACGGACGAGUCGAUUUCACAGACAAAUGUCGAAGACCAGAAGGAUACCUCGGCCUUGACGGAUAACGAAGACCAUACAGAUGACGAAACUGAGUCUAGCUGCCCCGAAUGGAAGGGAGCUACAUGGCAAGAUGGGACGCGUGCUGUCCUACGUCUGUACGGACCGUGGGGACUCGAUCACACAACUCAGGGUGCUGUAGCCGAGAACACUGAGAACGUGCCGUCCUUUGAGGAAGCAGUCCCAAGUGGUACUUCUGACACCAGGGAAGCUGACACGACCUCUUCGAGCUCAUUCAAUCAUGUUUAUUUCGUCGUUCAAGCCGAGGAAGGCGGAAACGAGAACGUGUCAUCUCUGCAAGAGGUUCAUGCCGAAAAUGACGAAAAUGCGUAUGAGAUUCAAAGCCUCGUAUCUACCACGAGCGAAUCAUCUCUUGGCAGCAACUUUUCUGGAAGUACUCUAGUCGACGAACCGCAAGUACGCGUUGCCGAAGACGACGAGGACGAUGGGGAUGACGAGAGCGACUCCGAUGAUGAGUCGUACUAUAUCGUGUACCCGGAGUUUGAUCAGUGGGAGCUUCUUGACGAGGCUCUUCUGUUGAAUCUCCUUGAGGACCACGGCAUACCCGCUACACAAACUCUUGCAUUCGACGUAACUUGGCAAAAUGCCUUGCAGAGACCCUAUUCUAUCUACGCUUCUCUGCCGGGAGAAAGGCUUUCGGAUCUCGAGAGAAAAGAGAUGUUACUCAAAGACAGACUCUAUUUAGCCGGCGGGGCAGCCGAGCUUCGUGCACGCUUGGAGACAAUCCAUUUCCAAGGCACAGGCAGAGUACAAGUCAAAGUGAAUGAGAACAUGACUGCUGGAAGAUUGCCACUGGAUAUGUCAGCUCGUGCGGAUAUCAACGAGCAUCUCGAUACCCGCGGCUUCCUGGUAGAGCCCGACAAUCACAGUGAGACAGGGUCUGAGGAUACAACAAAGGCCAUCCUGCGGAUUCCACGGCUUGACGAACCCGUGUCUCCUGGGAACGGAUUCGCCGAGUACGCAAUCGCGCACAGAGUCGAGAUCCAAGCGACUGAAAACACAGACAAUCCUUACCUCUGGUUCUGCAAUGCUUUCAACGACAACCUAGCGCCAGAGAGUAACCAUCUGGAAAUACUUGAUGGAGUCGCCAUUCUGAAACUGCUUACCCGCUUCAGCAUUCCAAUUCCUCGGAUUCUAGCUUUCAAUGCAACUCAAAACAACGCGCUAAGGUUUCCUUAUUCACUGUAUACUCGCCUCCCGGGAGUCACCCUUGGUGACGUAUGGAAGGAUAUGCCUACAGAUGAUAAAAUCAAUAUCGCAGGCGAGCUUGCCACACUCCUCGCUGAUCUGGAUACAAUUCGUUUUCCUCAAUCCGGCAGACUUCUCCACGAUGAGAUCACCACGAAUGCGCAGUCACCUCUUGACCUUUCCAAGCGUAGCGAAGUCGGAGAAAAUGUGUUCGUGGGUGGCUUCUGCAGAGGGCCCAAUAUCAUUGAAGGAAGAGACAAGCCCACAGUACCAACGACUUCAUCGCUGUACGACCUUUUUAGUACUCAUCUCGACGACAAGAUCCAAUACGCCAAGUUCAGGGAGCCCGAAAUGCCAGACUUUGGGUUCUCUAAGUUGCAGACUAUGCUUCAAGAUAUGAAGGAUAUGAACUGGUUUGCUUUGGAUGAUGGAAGCGCAGAGUACAGCAUCGUCAACCAUAAUGAUUACGAUCCCAGGAAUAUCAUAGUUGAACAUCGCCAAGAUGCCGAUGGAUCCUCCGGCUGGCAUAUAUCUGGUAUCGUUGAUUGGGACGACGCUCAUUGUGUACCACCGGUACUGACCAGACGACCUCCUCUAUGGCUGUUUGACUUCUCUGAUGACGACCUGCUACCUGAAACGGUCUGGAAGUAUUAUUUCAUGGAUUAUGAUAUGAUGCCACUUGAGUACUACAAAGAGAUCAAUCCGGAUCACCUCACUGUAGAGGGCGCGAAGAUCAAGGAGCGCUUCGAACAGGUCAUAGUCGACAAAAUCUACACCCCACGCUAUGGUGCCAGGGCCAUGGAAUUCUACCAGGACGACACGUACGGCAGAGGUCGUUGGCUCAGACGUGUAUGGCGCUUUGCCAACGAAGGCAUGUUCGACAACAGUCACUACCGUCGACUCGGACAAGUGCUUAAAGAGUGGGAUGAAUUCAAGGAGACUGGUCAGGUAUCCCACCGCACCGUGUUUGGUGAGGAAGACGACUCGCGUUCAAACGCAACGGACUCGACCACCGCAUACGACCACGAACCCUUCGAGACCUUCCAACACAGAGUCAGUACAUUGGGUUCCGAUCUUGAUGUUAUCUUCGACGAUAUUAAACACAUGCGCGGAGGAUCUUUCAAUCGUGUAGUUCCUGUGACUCUGCGGAACCCGCCAGAGACAGCUUCAUGGAUCGACAGGAUGAAAGCUAUCAUACGUAUACCUCGUGUCUGGGAUGGAGAUCUCACCAAGGUUCCUGCUGAUGAACAUGGACGGACUUGCAAGUGCGACGCACAUCCUGACCGGCAAGUAGUCGUCAGUGGCGGUCAUGAGAGUGAGUCAGGCAGCACCUCUUCGACCGCUGAGGAGACCUCCGAAGACCUUCCAACGGUUGAACGCUCCGUUGGAACCGAAGAGACAGACUCAUUCCCUAACGAUCAGACCCCAGAUAAGGACUCAUCAUCCGAGGAUGAUGAUGAUGAUGCAAGCGACGUCGGCGAUCUCCCAUCCAUCACACUGGCGCCGUAUGGAACAGCUCGACCGGGAGUGGACCGAAUACAAACGAGCGAACGGCAUCGAGUAUGA